AUGUUCCCAGAACUUCUGGCUCAGAAGAAGAAUCUUUUCCAACACCUCACCUUUUGUCUCCGAGACAGCCACCUUCUGCCUAGCAGUGCUCAGAAAGGCCGACUUGCGAAUCUUCCUUCUGAGCGAAGCUAUCGCAGUCGCAGGAAGCCAACCGUCAAGAAAUCUGUCAAACAAAGAGCUCUGAAAAAUUCGUCGACAAGCUCUGCCAGCUCUCCAGGCGGCAAGAUUGAAGACAACACUGCCAUUGAUGAGGACAUCGAUGUACAAUCUCACAAGAAAAUUCGAAGGAGUCCUAGUCGCGACACUUUGAGUGCGUUGUCCUUGGGUGGCAAAGCAACGUUCGGUGGUGAAGCCAAAUUAUCGGCUCAAGGCAUCGCUUCAUCAUUCACUGCCAUUAAUCACAUCUCAGAAUGA